CGCCAUAUUAAUUUCAUCAUUUGUUUAUAAAAUGUAUUGGGGUCGAAAAUACUGUUGUUUUUCCAAGAAAAGGAAAGCAUUUGGAAAGCGAAAAUAAUGUGGAUUGGUUGAAAUCUAUUUGGUUUUUCAGGAUAUGUAUAUAUUUCUGCAAUCGACUGAGUAGCGGCCUUACGAUCGCUUCAUUUUUGGAGCUAUAUUGUCGCUCUUUUCCGUUGAUAUGCUAAAUUUAGCAACAUGUCAUUUACAGUCCGCAGAGUUGAGGAUCCGACAAUAUAUGUGCGAAGAAAUAUAAAGCCUGAUAUUUUAGGUAUGGGGAGACGUUGUUUUGUAUAUCUAUCGCUGGCUUUUUGUUUGUUGUGUUGUUUUAUAUAUACUGUAUAUUUGAUUUUGUGCAUUGAUCAUAAUACACGACAUAUAUAUAUAUAUAUAUAUAUAUAUAUAUAUAUAUUGAAUCAGUAGAUACAUUGCCUAUGCCCUAUAAAAACUAGUUAAAUACAGGAAAUUAGAGCGUUUUUAAUAAAUUGAGUUAUAUUCUGAUGGCAAGUCAAUGGCUUGAUUUAUACGGGAUGAACUGUAUUUGUUGACAGUGCCUAAAGACAGGUGAUCUGUGGCAAUGGGGAGAUAGUUUGUCUGAUAAUAAUUUGUCUGCAUAUAGAUGUUGGAAAAAGAUAGAUCUUCUGUCAAUACAAAUUAUAUAAGUAGCUUGUCUACAUAGUUCAUCUUGACGGAUGAUAUGUGUAUGGCAUUUGAUGAGCUAUCAGAAAAAUAUCCAGCAUAAUUUGUUUCCAGGACUAAGGACCCUUAUUGAUAACAGUAUUUACUACUGAUUAGGCUUCCUGUAUAAAUAUUAUAUUAUUAUUAUUAUUGCAAUUCCAAUUAUUUCAUUUGCACAGUUCUCCAUAGUUUGUCUUGUAUUUACACUAACACGGAUGAUUCUUCAGAUCAGGUCAAUGUAAGAUUGAAGGUGCAAUGCUUUGCUUACUGCUGGGGUCGGUUGUUCAAAGCUCGGUUAGCUUAACCCUAGGUUAACGUAAAAUUCAAAGCUGAACUAGCCUGACAGCUUGUCUAUAAAUUUGGAAAUAUUUCUUUAGAGAUCUUGUAUGGAUCGAUAGGAGUUUAUUUCUCUGAAGUUUUGAAAUAAACAGAUGUGCAGAAAUACAUAAAUAAACUAAAACAGCAGGUUAAAUUUUAACCCAGGGUUCGCACUAAUCCACCUUUGAACAACCAGCCCCUAAACAAGUUAAAAUUGACUUAGCAAUAUUAUUAUGUAUCUCUUUUGCUUUUCUUUAGGUAUCUCUAGUGCUUGGGAUAAUAUUGUUGAUAUUAAACAAUCAGUAAGUAAAUUAACAUGAUAUUGACUAUUAGUGGGUUUCACUAUUUUCCAGGAAAUGGUGGUCAACUAGCAGUUACCAGAGUGAGAAAAUAAUAAUUACAUAUGUUCAGUAGAUGUAAUGGUUUUGCCCUGCUGUAUUAUUUUGCUCUGUCAAGCAGCAGACAAUUUUACUUUUUUCAUUUGCUCAAUGGGUUUAUAAUUGCCUGUAUAUUUAGUUUUUUGGCAGGUAGCAAAAAAAAUUUCAGUUAGCCCUGUGUGGUCCAAAUUUGCUCGCUUCGCUUGAAGCUUGCAAAUUGCGACAGGGGACCAGGCACCAAAGAAAUUUUUUUCAGUUAUGUUUCAUAUUGUCAAAAUUGAGUGUCCACUAAUUUGCUCAAACCCAAUUGGUCGAAAAUUUUCAAGCCGAAAAUGGAGUUCUGGCUUUUGAAAACGGAGCUCUGACAUUUGAAAACAGAGUUCUAGCAUUUGAAAAUGGAGCUCUGACAUUUGAAAACAGAGUUCUGGCAUUUGAAAGGUCGUUCUGGCAUUUGAGAAUGAAGUUUUGGCAUUUGAAAAGGGAGUUCUGGCAUUUGAAAAAGGAGUUUUGGCAUUUGAAAAUGGAGAUAUGACAAAUAAACAGGCAAACAAACAGACAGUAUAUUAAACACAAUCCACCAAUAUACAAAUGUGUGAAUAUCAUUUUGAUUAUACAAACAAUACGUUACCUCUCCAUGUGUCUUUGUUGUAGCUUAACAGAGUAGAAGGCGAUGUUGUGGCUGCAAAUAAACGAUCAAAAUCAGCAAGAAACACUCGUUCCUCAGAUGGAAAAGUUUUAAAAGAAAUAUCCAGGGAAACUCAACAGUUAGGGAAAGUAACUCGCUUUCAGUUGGUGGAUGAGAAACCACGUCAAAGCGAUUAUAUCCUGUCAAAAAAUGAAGCUAGAAAGGCAAAAGCUGAUUGGUCAACAGGUUCGGAUAUUUCAUCCAUUCAAAAAGCUGGUUAUUCUGGUCUAAAUCAAAGUAAGUGUAAUUAUAUUGCAUAUUAUUCCUAGGCUUUUGUCUAGCGUAAUGUGAUUUGCAAAGAUGUGUCCCCUUUGAAUGUGUGGACAGAAUUUUUAUUGCACCUACACAAUAUAAUUUUGAUUUUGGAAGCUUUUAAUGGACCUUUCACCUUUUGACUAAAAUUUAGAUCUCAACAAGUGUAGACAAAAAUUUUAUCACAGCUUGAAAGAGCAUCACAAAAUUAGUAAUAUUCCAAAGUUUUGUUGCGAAAUGUUGUAAAAUGCGGAUAAUAUAGCCUUGCGAAGUUUGCAAUUUUCAGUCAUAUUGUAUUACGCGCGGGAAAUACAUACCCUUUUCCCGAAGGAAGUAAUGUAUUUCCUGCGCGUAAUACAACGUUGUUCCACUCUACAGGAAAAGAUGGUUAUUCACCAACUCGCUAUGCAGGUGCAGCAAAAACUGGAAGUACCAUCCGUAGUGAACGACCAACAUAUUUUGAGACAACUACCAUUCACCCGACCGUCCUUAACGACCCCCAUCCAAUCCUUAAUGACCCCCAUCCAAGCAAGGAUAGCUCGUUUACUAAUACGUCUGUCAACAGCUCGUCAUCUCAACAGUUCAGCGUAACAUCAUCGCCGUCUUUUCACGGCAAGACGGUUUUAGCGAGGAAUGAAGGUAUAUGUCUGGUGGUAUUAUCCAAAUCCACAAUAGUUUGCAUUAACAAUUAGACAGAAACAUUGUCUAUUGUCAAACUUGUAGUUCAGCUAAUCAAGUGCUUUGCUAUAGUUAAACAUAGUUAAGUAAUAGAUACAACAGCUCAUUAAACAUAGAUUUCUUUUGAAUUUUUGUCAAGAAUUAUCAAUGAGCCUUACACACUAUAAACUUUAUUAUUUGAAAUUUAUUUAGCUGCUUUGCAAAAGAUCAAAGAAAAAGUUCGAAAACAAAAAGAAAUGCUUUCAAAAACAGAAGAAAGUAGUGAGAACAGUUUGGGUAAGUUCAGGACUUAACAGAUUAAGACCAAAGAAUGUAUUUCUUUUGUUCUAAAAGAGUGUAGAACUGCAGUGUAAUUCUAUAUAAGAUUUGUUACAUAUUAUCAGGGGAAAGACAACUUCAUGAGAGUACAGAUCACGUGACGACACCAGGUGAACCACGUGAGAAAACUGAAGUGAAACCAGCAGUACCAUUGAAAAGAAAAAUUGGCACAAUUUCUGCAGCAGGACCAACUUACAAAGGUAUUUGAAGAUUUGAUUUAAAAACAGACAGAUAAUAUGUCGCUUGGUAAAUGUAGGUCCUCGUAUUUGUCUUGCUGAGUUUUGGGUACAAACUAUGUUUUUGCUAGCUUUGGUUCAAAAGAAGCUAAUUUAAACAACGUCUUCUAAGGUUUUAACGCCGUGUCAGAACCGAAGCAGAAAAAAGUUGAAAAACAAAAGCCGCCAGUUCAAACAAAGAUUUCAAAAGACAGCAAAGACAAAGUGCGAACAAAACCACGCCAGAAACAAGAAAAGAAAGCCACAAAAAGUAAGGAGAAUUUUCGAGACAUUUAGUCAAAGUUUAAAAAGUAUUGAAACGUAUAAACAUAAACACAGUCCAUCGUGAACACGAACUGGAAACGCAAGAUACAGGAUUAAAAACAAAACUGUGACAUUUUGAUCUCUGUCGUAGUGUAGUUAUUCAUUCUAAGGUAAAACUCUCUCAAUCACUAUUUAGAUAAAAUGACGAGAAUCGUUGGCUCGAAAAGACCGCAAGAGGUGAUCACUACAACAUCUUGGAGAGAUGGCCAGGCAAAUGUGAAACGAAUACUGAACGCGAAGAAAGCAAAAACGUCUGACAAACAAGCAGGGAAGACUGACAAGACACAGGCCAAGUCCGACAGAGCAACAGUGCGAAUGGAAAAAAGUAAGCACUGAUGCCAUUACUGUGCUGUCCCUCAAGCCCGUAGCUGGCUCUCAAUUUCUGGGGGGGGGGGCACUGCUGAAAAAUUUAGAAGAGGGUAUGUUUUUGUGCUAGUUUUCGGUCGCAGCCCUGGAAUAAUUGGUAAAAAUACGUUCUAGACCGUGAAGAAUAUUAGAUCUAACCUUUAUUUCUUAAAACUUUGAAGUAAACAUAGAAAAUCAACUUUCUAGCUAUAAAUGAACUUAACCAAACAUGGGGCCACAGCAAAUAUAAUCUGAUUAAUAGUUUAUACAAAAUGGGAAUCGCCAUUUUAAAUAAAUCAUUCUCAUCAGGUCCAUUAAAGAAUGAUAGAGCAACAACACAUACGACAUACGAUGUUGGAUCUCAGGAUGAACUCAGCGAGGGACGUUUGUCUUCAGACGAUGAUGAGGAUGUGAUUGAACGAUUUAACGCGAAAAUUGAAAAGUUUGAAGCGGAAAAAGAUGUGCCUAAAGAUGAAACAGUCAAGCCUUCAGGUUAUAUUUCAUUGUUUUGUCAUGCUCCAGUGUACUGUAUACGGAGGGCAGUUAAAAAAAAGAAUCUCAUUAGAAUCUCAUUAUUUGACCUCCAAUCCGCCUUUGUGAUAAACUCCCGACAAUUCUUAGUAACCCAAGAUGCCCUUGUUGCUUUUCAGACGAUAUAACUUUAGACUCAGAUGAUGAAAAGGAUACCAAAAUGAAGGAAGUUUUGUCCAAAGAAACACAGAGUAUGUUGAUUGAUCUCGCACAGGAUAGCUCAGGUACGGUAUAGCAAUGUACCUCAGUGUACCCCAUUGUACAUCAGUGUACCCCAUUGUACCUGUUUCUACCCAGUGAACAGACUUGUAGAAGAAUAUUGAUAUAAAUUAUAAUCAUUGUUCACAGAAAGUGACUCAGAAGUUCAGAAAGAUCUCAAGGACGAAAAAGCAAAAUGUAGUCCAUCAAAAAAGAAAAUGUUGAAAAAUAAGAAACCAGCGGCUAUUCAAAAACCAAUCGAAGGUACACUACUUUUCUUUCAUGCAGAGUUGAAUUGUGCACGAACUUUCUUUGGAAAAGUGUUUCGUUCAUAAUUGUUUUACGACGUUGUUUUCAUCAUAGAUAUCUUCCCAAAAGGAAAAACGCGACAUUACGAUCAGGCAGAAGUUCAGGUAUAUUUCUUGGAGUUUAUUACUUUUUUAUUGGUACUUAUGUUCCUGUAUAAGUCUCUUGCUCUCUACAUGUUUACACCAAAAACAUUUAUUUCAUAUUGAAUGAUAUUUUUGCAGAAAUACAUGGCUCAGCAGCUCGCGGAACGAAAGAAAAAACAAAAACAAGAAAAAAUACAGAAGAAGAAACAAGAGGAAGAAAAACAGCAACGGUUAAAGGUGAGAAUCUUAAACGUUUUUAAAAUUCGCCGUACAAUAUAUGGGCCAUAUGGCUUGGAAGUAAAUCAACAAAAACUGUCCAUCCAAGGUCUAGCCCGACCACACUCUAACCCCAAACAAACCGUAGCCUAGUCACGACCGCACGAUAAGUUUUAGGUUAUUCUUUCCCGUUUGGCACUGUGAAUAUAUUAUGGCCUAAAUUUUGAAUAUCGACGACUCUUUUUUACUUUUGUUCGAGAACGCGCAGGCUGGUAACGCGACCAAAUAAGUGAUACGAUUAUAAAUGAAAUAAGUGAUACGAUUAUAAAUUUUACCUUGUAUAGGAGUUGUACGAGAGACAAAAGAAGAGCUUCGCUCCCACAAAGAAAGAUAAACGCCUUGGAAAGACUUUCUCAUUUGGAAAUUUUGAUGUUCAUGUCCCUGGUGAGGAUUUUCAUCCUGAAAAUAAUCAAGGAUACACUAAGGUUAGACAAUAUACAUAUAUAAAAAUAUAACUUUAUGUAUACUGGAUAGCUCUAUCAGUUCUAAACUGUUCUUCCUGAGAGACUGAGAGGUUCAUUAAGUAAUAUACAUUCGUUCUUUACAGGAUGAUCAAGUUAUUCAAAAUACAAAUGACAAUGAGUCAGACAAAGAAAACACAGGUUUAUAAUACUUCUUUCUACCUUUCCAGGUGAUCUUGAUACGCAGAAAAGUACUGGCACUAGUUGUCAAAUAGAAAUCCAUUUUAUGAUUAAAACAACUGAAUAUCUCCUGUAAUAUACUUUAUUUCGAUUCCAUAUUUUUGUCAGAGCUAUAGUUCUCAUAACCAAACAUAAUUACAAAAUUUCAACUAGUUUCAUAAAGAAUAACGAAAGAUAUAAUUGACUGAAUACAUCAAAAUGGAUUUCUAUUCGGACAACCCGUUCUGAGCGCUGAUUGGCUAAAAUACGAACACGAGAUCACCUGGUUAGAGUGUGGUCAUCACCAGUAAUCUUGUUGUUACUGUUAUAUUUUAUCUUGUUACUGUACUAUUUCAUCGGUUCUCUUACCGAAAGCCUCAAAAAAGCGUUACUACAUAUUUUCAUUUACUUUAUAUUUUUAUUUUAACUUGAAGAUAUCGAUGAAAUGUCAUCGGAGCGUUACACUGACGAUGCUGACGUCACAUUAACAGAGGACAUAUUAACAAGUUCGCGUGAGACACCACGGCGUCACAUCCCGGCAGAACCAGGUAAAAUUCAGCGGUAACAAGGCAUGUGAGUUGUAACUAGGCAUGUGAGUGGUAACUAGGUACAGUAUGUGAGUUGUAACUAGGCACGUGAGUUGAGGGCUCUCAUGAAAACCACUUUUGGUGACUGAGACCUCCUCGGUAAAGAAUGUACAAAUAAAUAAAUAAAUUGUAACUAGGUAUGUGACAACAGUGAAACAACUGAAAUGGUUACAUUCUGUAUAAAUUAUUUCUAAAAAUGUUCUCUAAUUCUAUUCUUAUUUUAGUUGUGUCGCCAGCGCCAGCACUGGAUCAAAGAGCGCAACGUCUCACUGCGCUCCAGGCUACUGCGCUCGCUCUACAAUCGCGCCUGCAAUCACACGCCUUACGUCUCAGCGGUGCUAAAGAAGGAGCGGUUCCUCAGCCUGCGGCCUCGGCGCAACCGAUGGAAACGGACUUUGGUUUUCAAGGAGUUUUACCAGGUUUGAAUCCACGCUUCGUCGUGUAUGUGGGUCUCAGUAAGCGUUAAGGCCCAUUUCCACUGAAAGAAAGUUUUCCGCGCGAAAGAAAAAAUUGUAAAACGUGAUUAAUUAAGUCCCUUAACCUCCAGCUGUGCCAACAUUAGUGAUUUUGAUUAAAAUUACUGAAUAAAGUGAAUUAUUUGUUGGGCAAAUCCGUGCCAUUUUCAAAGAUUUUUCCCAGUUCUAGGUUCUUGAAUUCACUGAAAAAGGGCCUUAAAAGUCCUGGAAACGUCCUUGAAUUUCACCUUCACCAAAGGGUGGACACCCUGUAGGUGUGUUUAUUCUUAAUUAAGAAAAGAAGCAAAUAGAUCUAAUCUUCUGGUUGAUAUUAUUCUUCAGGUGUCGCCAAUAUCAGGAAACACGCCGAUGAAAAUGAGAAGCAGGUUCUUAAGUUUCUUACUUAUGUAUAAUUAUCUCUAUUAGUUAUGUUUACACUGUUCUCUCUGGAGGUUUAGUAAGAGUCAUCCGUUACUCUUCCAGUGUUAUUACAGGAGGAAACAGGAGUACCAGAACCUGUGGUGUUUGGUAGAGUCAAACUGGAAGCACUCUUGUCACAUGUGACUGAGGUGAAAUUAUAAUCAGAAAACUACAUAUUGCAGGAACUGAACCUUGGUGACAAUGAUGAAAGAUGCAUGCUUCAAAUGACUGUACCAUCAACACGCCUCGUACACAAGAAAUGACGUUGAACUAUGUAUAUAUCGUCAUCUUAUAUUAUUACUAUGUUUUUCAGUCGACGCGAGUAGCAGCAGCAACAAAAAUUCAAGCAGCCUAUCGUGGUCACACAGUGAGGAAAAGACGUCAUUGGACAGAUGAGAAAAUGACGUCAGAACGAAGUGGAAACACAGCCCCAGCGUUGACGUCAGACCGCAAUGCUCGUGAUAUGUUAAGUGAACAUGUUAUGAAACCAACCUCGUUCCCAAGCGCUUCUCACGGAACGAGAAUGGAUAUGGAACCGUCUCUGUCUGAAGCAUCAUCUGAUGAUGUUCAAUUUACAAACAUACGACCGUUUUAUAAAACUGAGCGACUGAAUAACGAUUUGCAGGUUUGUGGUUUUUGUGUUGGAUCUGGCAAUGCGCCCUGAUGCACCCUACUGUAUUUUUUACUCUGUAUUUUUCGUUCGUCAAGUAAAGAGCGCUGCCAUAAUGGGUGUCAAUGAAUGUGGUUGCACUUUAUUAAUUGGUUGCUCAGCUCAAUCAUCUCAAACCUUGGACUGGAACAUCCUGUUUGCUUCUUCAUAAAAUUAGUUUGAAAAAUAUUUUUUGUUUUUAUUUUAUUUAGCGUCUUGCUCCGAAAGUGGAAAGAAAGUUUCAAUAUGAUGACCUCAGAACACGGAGUAAUUUUCUUCGCAAUGGUAUGUUUUUAUGGGAUUGAAUGUCAAUUGGGACUUUUGUCCUGUUUUCCUUCGCUGGCGCCAACAAACUGUAACUACUGUCUGUAAUAUGCUUCGUAUGUAAUCUGUGGUAAAUCUAUUAAAUAAACUAAACUACUGUAUGGUGUUAUUGAUGCUGCUGUUCCUGUAACGAACUACAUAUUGUGAUAAUAUUCUGUUUAGAUUUCUCCGCACCUUCAGUGACUCAUUUCACAGCAUCGCCAGUUCGUUACGAACCAAGAGGCGACAGGUAUUGCAGUAGAGAUAUUUGACGCAUGGUUUCUGUUGCUAUCUCUCUUUGUGGUGACUUUGUAUCUUGUGUUUUUCAGGUUCAGUGUUAUGAAUAUAUUUUCUCGCCGUCACCCAACCUUACCGGUGGAAGGUAAGUUGCUGUCGACUUAACUUCAAUUAAACUCACUUUCAGGCUAUAGCCGUAAACCCUUAUUCAUAUUUUUUUUCAACAAUUUUAUGUGUAGAUAUUUUAAACGAGGAGCCAGGCUCAGACACAGCUAGCUUGCUGGAAGUAGACAGAAGAAAAAGUCCUGAUAUGGAGUAUGAAGAUGACUUCACUGAUGCAGAAAUAUCUUCUGUUAUGACAGACGGGGAUGUGAAAAAGGUAAAUUUUGCUUUCGAGUUUCGUGUUUUAUGUUAAUGCCUGUUCGUCUAAUGCCGCUUUUAUACCUCCUUUAUACAAAAACGAACUAAUCUUUUCUUUGCCCGAAACACCAAAAUAUCGGGCCAAGAAUGAUUCCAUUCAAGUCAUGAGACUCAUAAUAUCGUACGAAAUUUGACUCUAAUCAUACCCGCCAUAACUGCCAAAUGUUUAUAAAAUAUUUGCAGGAUGCUUCUAAAGCCGAGACCUACUCGGAAUGUUUCGAAACAGACGAGGACACGGACACGAAGCGAUCUAAAACAAAGCAGAAGAGCAAAGCUAGCCAUUCAUCUUUGGAAAGAAAGAAAAAUGAACAACGAACCUCGCAGGCAGAGAGUGAAGAGAGACAGUUGUCGGAGCGAGAUGAACGAAGCAAGACCUCGCCAUUAUCUGAAGAUGACAACAUGUCAAGCCCCAACCAGCAGGACGACUUUAUCUUGCCUGUCAUGGCUUCCACUAUGGUGAGUAGUUUGAAUAGUGAAGUUUUUUCUUCGUUUGAACGACAAAAGAGGGUUGUGUUUUGUCACAAGGGUAGAGGCAUAGGAAGAUGAGCUGGCCAUCCUUUCCUGCAGCUGAAUUGGGAAGGAUGUAACUCAACCGUGAUCAAAUCAAAGACUUCCUAGGAAGGAAGAACAGGAAAAACUCUUGACGCACAGGAGAGAACCACACAGGGCAGGGUAAUCAUUCGUCAAGUAACAAUACCCUACCUUCAACUUGUUGACGUAACUCGGCGGUAAUGGACACCGCACUAACAUUCACCUUUGAUUACAGCAGAGCAUGAAAAGAACUUGUUUUAUUGCUUUCAGCAACCAGAGACUCGUCGCAGUCCCUCGAUCUCUCCGUUGGAAGAAAAUGAACCAAUCAGACGGCGUCCUUACAUACCUAAACCUGUAGACCGUAGUGGCGGGGAUCGCCUCUCCCCAGACUCAUUACAGCGCAAGCUCACGGCCGAGAUCAACCUGCUGGAAAAUGUUGAAGACUCGGUACGUCAAGUAAGCGAUAUUGAAAGGACCAGAGCUAUUUCACUGGCACAACAAGAGACUGUAUCUUUGGCGCAAAUACUCAAGGUAAAUAAAACCAUCAUGACUGUAUCAGACUUGUUAGAACAACCUUGUGACAAGUCAGAUAAUGCCAUCAAGCUUGUUACAAAUUGUUAACAGCUUGGUCCAAACUUGUUCCAACAACUGGGGACAAGCAGUGCGAAGACAACUUGUUGACAGCUUGUGAACAGAUUUGUUACAACUUGGUUGCAGACCUGUAACAACUUGUGCGUUUUUACGUGCGUACCCCGGUUUCCUCCGUUAGCAACAGUGGAACAAUAAGAGAUGACACUUGCUAGACCUCCAGGAAGAACAGUUUAGAACUGAUUGAGCUAUCCAGUAUGAGCAAUGCUUCAAUUAAAUGUAGUGUAUACUUUAAAAAUCUUACUUGCAUUCCGUCACAGGCCAAGCAACAAACUCAUGAACAAGACAUGCGUAAUCUGCGACUGAAAGCCAAGGAGGAAGCCAUCCAGGCUGCCAAGGAUCUAGAGAAGGUACGAAGGAAAGCUAUGUAAUAUUUCACGAGAAAACGUGUACGUGCAAACCUAAUACGCUGGUUGUACAAAAGCCGGAUAGCGGACAGUAAUUUUUUCAAGCUUUCUAACAUCGCCUGUUGGUUGGUAUAACUUAUAUUAAUUUUAGUGUUCAGAAAUUAAUGUUUCUUUCUAUUACUUGUGAGGUCCGUAUCUGUAGUUUUGUAGCGCUUCAAGUAUUUUUACAGCUGUUGGAAAAAAUCACCAUCCGAUGCCGAUGGAUCAUGGAUAGCGCUAUCCGGUCUACGUAUACAACUGGUCCCUAGUUAAAGUAUGCGAACGCUUAUAGCAGAGUAAAGGGGCAAGUUACCAAGGGCUGUAAAGGCGCUUGCAAAAUGACUCAAUGGUUGUGCUUAUGCUGUAGUUGUAUAUAUAUUUUUUUCUAGACACGUCAAGCUGCGGCCGUGGCAGCUGCCUCAGCUGCUGAAAGACUAGCAGAAGUAAGUGAAUCAUGAACUGUAAAGAUUUUUUAACAAAAAAGUUUUCUAUGUGUAUAUAUUAAUGGUUUGAAAAGUCUAUGUAAUAUUUGUAUCAGUGAGAAACAUAUUGUACUCGUCUACGUUUUAGGUUCAAACUGAAGCCAUAAAAACGAACACGGAACAUUCCAGAAAGUAUAUGGAAGAGGUACUACUGUACGAGUUGCAUUAACGAUUAUGAUUGAUUGAGUUCCGUGUCAUCUUUUACUGGUUUGGUAUUAUUUACAGGGAAAAUCCAAGUACUGUAUCCGUCUUUGAUUGUACAAGCCCACUACCUAGAGUGGCACCCCAAGUAAACUUAUGAUUACCAGCCAUUUAAAUAGGCUCAGAUUCCAGCCGUUGGGUUCUCAACACUCGAGUGCCUACCUUUAAAAUGGCUGCUUCUGUGUUUAUCAUAAUUCAUAUCUCUUCUUUGUUGUUGCCAGGCAACGAGGAUGACGUCAGGUCUCCUAGCAAACACUUCAAAUCACCUUGCGGAAUUUUGCAAGAAUUUAACAAGCACAACAAGCGCUGCAAUCGGAGAUCUGCACAAGACAAAACGACCAACGAUGACACUUGUCGAGCGUGCUACGAGCAUCAGCGAAGGACACGCGAUAAACUACGAACACAGUAGCACGAGUGAUGAACGGACACGUACGAGUGACGAGGGAACACGCACGAGUGAUGUGCUAUCUAACCAAUCAAAAUCGUUAAAUAGUUCACCCUCUGUGAAGUCACCGCGUCAGCAAGCGGGCUACUCAAGCGAUGAGUUUGAGUCGUAUCAAAGGUGAGGAACUUAAUUUCCCUUUCAAGAACAACUCGACUCACACGAGUUCUGUACAACAUCAGAUCGGAGUAGCCUACAUUCAAGAACAUGUACAGCCUCUGCAUGAUCUAACCAUGCAGUGAGUUCUGUACAACAUUAGAUCGGAGUAGCCUACAUUCAAGAACAUGUACAGCCUCUGCAUGAUCUAACCAUGCAGUGAGUUCUGUACAACAUUAGAUCGGAGUAGCCUACAUUCAAGAACAUGUACUGCCUGUGCAUGAUCUAACCAUGCAGUGAGUUCUGUACAACAUUAGACCGGAGUAGCCUACAUUCAAGAAUAUGUACUGUCUGUGCAUGAUCUAACCAUGCAGUGAGUUCUGUACAACAUUAGAUCGGAGUAGCCUACAUUCAAGAACAUGUACUGCCUGUGCAUGAUCUAACCAUGCAGUGAGUUCUGUACAACAUUAGAUCGGAGUAGCCUACAUUCAAGAACAUGUACUGCCUGUGCAUGAUCUAACCAUGCAGUGAGUUCUGUACAACAUUAGAUCGGAGUAGCCUACAUUCAAGAACAUGUACUGCCUGUGCAUGAUCUAACCAUGCAGUGAGUUCUGUACAACAUUAGAUUGGAGUAGCCUACAUUCAAGAACAUGUACAGCCUCUGCAUGAUCUAACCAUGCAGUGAGUUCUGUACAACAUUAGAUCGGAGUAGCCUACAUUCAAGAACAUGUACUGCCUGUGCAUGAUCUAACCAUGCAGUGAGUUCUGUACAACAUUAGAUCGGAGUAGCCUACAUUCACCAAAGAUGGAUAUUAAAUUUUUUGACCAAAGAUGGAUAUUAAAUGUUAUUAUUAUUAUUCAAGGACAUGUACUGUCUGUGCAUGAUCUAACCAUGCAGUGAGUUAUGUACAACAUCAGAUGGAAUGUAGUAUACUACAUUCAAGAACAUGCAGCUCUUCUGUAAGGUCGGACCAGCUUAUUGAAUAAAAUCCUAUCUUUUGUGUAGUCAAACAGCGAGACACGAUGGUUCAGACAUGAAGGCGGAAAUCACAGAUCAUCCCUCCUUAUCACCCGAAAGCAUCGCCGAAGAUAUUCCUGAGAAGAGUAUUUCCGAGGAUACGACAAUUCACGAAGACGAUACGACAGUUCACGACGAGUCUGGAAAUGACGCAAGAGAUGUGUUACCACGUGAACCAAGAAGCAAAGGACAUGACUCGGGUAUGAAUGAACACAAUUCAAAACAUCGCACUGAAUAAAUUUAGUAACUCUUUAGUAAGUUUCGAGAGAUUCAGUUAGGGCCAUUCUUUGUUGGGUCUAGUCUUACUGAAAUAAAAAUAUAUCUGGAUUAAACAUGGAAAACCUAAAAAGGCACUCUUUUCACAUUUCACAUGGUGCACAUUGCGGGAAUGAAACCCCAGUCACAGAGUUGAAAGACGCAUGCGCCAACAGCUGUAACACCAACAUCCUCAAUGCAAAAUUCCAUAUCAGACAACACUGAGGAAACAAAAAUGAACAAACUCUUCUUCUUGUUCUUAUCUCUAGUAUCAUCAGUGCUCGACUACAGUUCACAGUUUGACGACUCGUCACACGCUUUGACUGAUGAAGACAUCAACUUUAGCUUUCUUCUCCCGUCCAGAGAACAUCGCAGGAAAGGAAUCAGGAGAAUGAAAGUUAGGAAAUUUCUUGUUACAUUUUCUGGUCCCUUGAAAUGCAUUUCAUUUAUUUGUAUCUUUUCACAAUGAAUUUAGGAUAUCUCCUUUGAUGAAGACAAGAGGAAGGUACUAAAUCCUUAAUACAACACCAUGCAGAUCACUUUAAGAUAUUUAAGCCUAUAUUCAAGAACAUGUACUAACUCUGUAGGAUAUACUGUAACUUUAAGGUAGCCCACAUUCAAGAACAUGUACCACAUCUGUAUGAUCUAACCAUGCUUAACUCAGCAGUGAGUUCUGUCCAACAUCAGAUCACUUUAAGGUAGCCCACAUUCAAGAACAUGUACUACCUCUGCAUGAUCUAACCAUGCUUAACUCAGCAGUGAGUUCUGUACGACAUCCGAUUACUUCAACGUAGCCCACAUUCAAGAACAUGUACUACCUCUGUAUGAUUUAACCAUGAUGCUUAACUCAGCACAGUCAGCAGUGAGUUCUGUGCAAUAUCAGAUCACUUUAGGAUAGCCUACAUUGAAGAACAUAUAUCACCAACACGGCAACACGUAUUACCUCUGCAUGAUCUAACAAUGCUUAACGUACGCAGAGAGACUCGACUCUACUCACGCACGGUUUACAUAGAGAGACGUGUAUAAUUCUCACUUUUCAACAUUUCUCCUAGGAGAAAUCAGUCCGUACGCCGUUUGAAAGUGACGACUCGUUCGGUAAGUUCACGGCAGACAUGAUUCAACAGUACGUACACGAAGAGGAGGUCCGUACUAAACAUCAGGCCGCCAUCUUGAGAUUGAGAGAGAAGUCUUUGAAAGAGAAGACUAAGGCCGAGUUACAGUGGGUAGAGCGGAUGAAGAAACAGUCACGUGACAAAGGAUCUGAUGACGUCAUGCCGUCGAUAAAGAAGCGGGAACGAGGCAUCAGGAUGAAACUUAAAGCUGAGAAGGUAUGGAAGUGUGGUUUCAACGGGUUUUGAUUGGCAUAAAGCAGGCCAAGGUUCUGGGCAAACUAGAAAACAUUGUUAUGAAAAUAACGCAGCUUUCUGUUAAUAUCUAAUUAUUGUAUUUCUAGGAGGAGAUAAAAUGCUUGAGAGCGGCAAACAGAGCUGCCAGUUUUCAACGACGUUUUAUGAUCUACCAACAACAAGAGAUCCAGAGACUAAAUAAAGCCACGUUAAAUAUCCGAGAGAGAAUUCAGAAAGACACGUCAAAGAAAGGAUCAGAGCGUAGUUCACGUGAGGUAAGUCUUGUUAUUAGGUAGAGACAUGGACAGCUGAGGCUGCUGAGCUGACAGCUAAGACUCCAUUAAGACAGUUAAUAAUGAUUUUUCAAUUUUAUCUCUUCAGCCAUCACAGAGUCAUCCCAGAACCUCGUCCCCAGUAGCAAAACCCAACAGUCAAUCCACGCCAUCAAGCAGUUCAAAAUCAAAAACUAACCAAUCAGCAUCGGCUAAGAGUGUUUCUGAAGAUAUCAGUGGUCAACAGGGAUUAUCCCCUAAUACCACUGGUUCAUCCUUUCCAUCAUACGCUACUCCCAAGUCCGAGGAUGGCAACCAAGAGCAACCGAGCACUACCGCGCGAGGUGAACAACAACCAGAGACUUCCACAAUUCUUAAUAUGUUGAGGUAUGUUUGGCUUGCUCGGUCGUGUUCACGUGUCGCUUACUGCGUGCUCCAGCGUCGUUUAUUGCGUGCUCGCGUUAUAAGAUCGUGUUAUGAUUUCGUUCAGUGUUUCGCAAUCAAAGGAUUAGGAAAUAUUGUGUUCAUCAUUCUCUUGGGAGUGUUGGUGGUCCACUGAACUAACUUGAUAUAAACUGGAUGGCUCUAACAGUUCUAAAGGUCUCAGAGCUUCACUCACAUGCGACUGAGCCUGAGGUGAAAUUUAUAACCAGACAACUGUAUAUAUUGCAGUAAGCCCAGUCACGAAAGGCACCAACCACUGUAACGACUGUGCCUUCGUCACCUUUAGAAGAGCAUUUUACAUCAACACAAUUAUAUUUCAUCAUUUUCUUAAAGUGUCACUUGAGGAAAUCGUGUGUCGAAACUCGUAUAAAAUGAUCAACCCAAUAUGACUCCAGCACGCGACAGCACUUAAUACACAUGACAACAUUUCAUUCUGCAAAUUCAUAAUAUUGAAACGCUCGAUGAUUUUUCAGAAUUAUAAACCCUAUGACAUCUAAUCAUGCAGAUAACGCCAACCUACAUUUCAUGUCUAUACAUAUAUUAAUGCUAAACUCGGCGAAAACCGGCCACGAUCCCCUCCCACGGAUUUUCAUAAGACAUUUCCUGCUCAUUAAUCAACGAAGCGUACCGAUCAAAACAUUACGUAAUUUUAACCUUUAAAUUUGUUGAGCAAAAGUCAAAGGGAAUACGCCUACCGUUAGCUAUAUAUUUUCAUAAUUCGAGAUAACAUUGAUAAGUAUAUGUGUACGGUUUUUUUCUCUGUCGUUUUCGAGUGUCGUGGUUUUUGAAAUCUCGCAAAAAAUCACAGCUAAAUAUAGGCAAACAGCAUACUAAUGAAGUUAAAUUCCAGAGAUUUUAUAUUGUGAAAUUAUCGCGGCGUCUGAGCGGGGCCGGUUUCGGUUAGGCAUAAACGAUUCCAAGGUGGAUUUCUAGACGAAAAUGGUACUAAAGUGAGUUUGCGUGUUGCCGUCACAAGCUUGGUAUUAAAAUGUUUUUAAAUUGGUUAAAUGUGCUAAAUAUUCGGUAUUUUCUCGUUUCCGUAAACGUCUGAGAUGUCAUGUUUAAACUUGUCUGAAUUGAGAAGGUAGGUCGCUGUUAGCGCACUGCGUAAAACAUGCUUUUAUGUUUUAUUUGAGUUUCUUGUUAUUCUGAAUAGUUCUGGUUAACAUGUUUACUUUUAAACGCAGGAAAGCUUAAAAAAUUAAUCGUGUAAAUUGGCAAUAGUUAAGCUUAAAUCUUAGUAGAGUUAAUUUGAUAUAUAGCUGGCAAAGUGAAAGUUGUUCUCAGUGAAAUCCUUCAUAAUAUGUUUCCAGUGCAAGUAAUAUAUACAGGUCGAUAAAUGGUUAUGAAUAUAAGGAAAAAUUAAACUCCAGAUGUCAAAUGUUAACACAUGUGUAUUUCUACAUCAAAUGCUUCAAAAUGUGAUGUUAUAGCAAAUGUUACUACUACCUGUUGAAAUGUCAAAAUUAAAUGUUUCCAAAAACCUGUGCAACUGAUCAUAAAAUCACGCGGAAAUUAAGAAAUUGUGAAGAUUAAAGUUAUCACGCUUUAAUUUUAUUACAUUUAUUUGUGCUAAAAACCUCUUGCAGUAAGUACUUUUGCAGAUGUUAAGUCAAAGUGCUAAUCUUAAUAUUAAUUCUAUAAUCUGUAUAAUAACAAGGCAUUUUCAAAUUAAGCUUUGAAAUUUAGAGAAUUGAGUUAUCAUGGUAUAUAGUUGAUUAAGAAAUGUAUAUGAUUUAAAUGAGAAAUUUGUUUAAAAUUUAUCUGCAUUUCCGCAACGGAAGAUAUAAUAUAGUUGUGCUAUAAUUUAUUUCUUAUGCAAAUUUCCAUAAAUUUCUCGAGAUAACACAUACAUUGCUAAGACUACGUGUGUCUCGUGGAUUGAAACUUCGUGUUGCUCUCGAAAUGACAUGCAUGAGCUCAUUAGUGUUACGGUCAACCGCAAUGAGUCUAUUGUAAAGCUUCGCUUGGUUUAGCCCUUGUAUAAUAAAAUAUAUCUACGACUACAUACAAUAUACCUUUUAUUGCUCUCUGUAUUGUGACCAGUUACAGCCAAGUGGUUGUUUUAAUAUCACACAUUUUUGUCGCAGUUGAAGCUGUUGCCAUUAUAUAAAUUUCUUUAACCUAAAAGCGAAAUUAUAAAAUAGCUAUUAAUCGUUUGUCUUGAUAUAAAAUAAGAAAAAAAUAGAAGUUAGUAGAAAUAUACUAAAGUUAACUUACUCAAGUAUGAAAACCUCCAGUAUAAAUAAAGUUACGUUUAAUUUAGGUUUCCUCCUGCAGUAACACUGGAUGAAUAAGAGAUGAUCCUUACUGGACCUCUAUAGAGAACAGUUUAGAACUGAUAGAGCUAUCCAGUAUAAAUAAAGUUAAGUUUAGUUUAGGUUUCCUCCUGCAGUAACACUGAAUCAAUAAGAGAUGAUCCUUACUGGACCUCUAGGGAGAACAGUUUAGAACUGAUAGAGCUAUCCAGUAUAAAUAAAGUUAGUUUAGGUUUCCUCUUGUAGUAACACUGGAUCAAUAAGAGAUGAUCCUUAUUGGACCUCUAGGGAGAACAGUUUAGAAGUGAUAAAGCUAUCCAGUAUAAAUAAAGUUAGUUUAGUUUAGGUUUCCUCGUGUAGUAACACUGGAUUAAUAAGAGAUGAUCCUUACUGGACCUCUAGGGAGAACAGUUUAGAACUGAUAGUAUAAAUAACUAGUUUAGUAAGGAUAGCCGUUACUGGACUUCUAUAGGGAGAACAGCGUAGAACGACAGAACUAUCCCGAAUAAGCAAUAUUUUCGUUAUUUUCUAGUGGUGUCGAUGUGGGUGGUCAAGGUAGUUCCAGUCAGAGCGGAGAUCUUCUCAAAAUUCACAAGAUGUUAUUAGAGCGACAAGAAAAAUUAGUGAAAGAUGAAACUGAAGUAAACACCGCGCUACAGAAAGUCACUGAGAUGUUGAAAAACCAAAGAAAUCUCAGUAACCAAUUGGGAACCGCUAUUUCCGAAGCUAGCCAAUCAAAAAGAAGUAUUGCCGAAGCCAGCCAAUCCGAAUCGAGGGUCUCAGACGCCAGCCAUUCAAAACAGUCCAAAGCCUCCGGGAAAAGUCCUAGUGAGCGAUCUGUACCAGAAGAGAUUUCGAGCACGGCCAGGUCAGUCAGCGAGGAGGCCGCCAAAGGAGAAAGUGCCGCCGACAAAACGGCGAACGAUUACGACAACGCUACGUUCGAGUCCGAUGACAGUACGCCAAGAUCACGAAGGUCUGUGACGUCACAGCAUCUGACGUCACAGAAUGGUGAAGUGAAUGUGGAGGAUGAGUUAUUUUCGUUGACUGGUAAGAAAAAAAGUUGAUUACAUUAAAGUAACACUCGUACACACCUGAGUCGGUUGUUCAAAGCUGGGUUAACGCUAACCAGGCUUGCCCGAUUUUAGGGACCGCCUGCCAUGCAGGCUAGGUUUAUCGCAACGCCCAGUUAAAUUUAAUUUGGUGUUUUAGUUUAUGUAUUUCUGCACGUCACUUCAGAGAAGAAAACUCCUACUGAUCCAGACAAGAUCUCUGAAGAAAUAUUUCCAAAUUUAUAAACAAGCACUUUGGAAGUUUGCUUUGAAUUUUAAGUUAACCUAGGAUUAAGCUAACCCAGCUUUGAACAACCGGCUCCUGGGAGUGGUCUGAUUUAUACUAAAGAUUAGUCUGUUCAGGUUUGACUUCUUAUGCUACCUCGCUAAGAAAUGUUGGCCUUCUUACACUUUACCAGCGAAGAGAGAAUCAGUGCUUGUCAUUUUACAAGAACAUCCAUCAACACUCAGACGACAAGUUGAGAACGCUACUUCCCAGUGCUAUAUCUCACAAAUUCAGUCUAAGAAACAAACGCACUUAUCUUAUGUACAAGUGCAAAACUGAACGAUAUAAGAACAGUUUUAUCCCAAAGUGUGUUAGAAACUAGGACCGACCAUAGGCAUAACAUAAUAUUUUAUAGUACAUAUCAUCAAUAUAGUUUAUAUUAUAGUAGUUUUAAACUGAACUUUUCGCAAUUUUUAAAAAUUUUAAUAUUAUCUUUGUAAUAUCACGUUUUAUGAAUUUACACGUUUAUGAAUUUACAAUGUGGUAAUUAUUAAAAAAAUCAAAUCAAUCAUUACCGGAACCAUUGACCAAUCAGGUGCGUUUGAUAUAUUCGAUGAACCAAUCAUGCAGAUGCAUUCUAAGCCAAUGAGAGGUAGUGGAAGUCAAAUCUGAAUCUAUUGAUCAAGACAUCGGGCCAAUAGUUCCCACUUAAAAUUUCCCUCUUCGAAGCACUCGUGGUAGUUUAUCAACUCACUAAUCCAACAAGACCAACAAUCUACGUAGUUUGUUGCGUACGUAGUUCAUGUUGAUACGUAAAGGUAGCACUCUAAGACGCCUUGGGAAUGGUCUGAUAUCUACUAGAGAUGGAUUAAGACCAUUAUCCGUCUAAUGGAUUAUCCAUCUUAGUGGAAACACAAACUAUCAUGACGAACUGGUUAGAAUAACCUGAUCUAUACUGACAGUGAUUCUGAGAGCAAAACAUGCCUGAUUCGUCAAGAUCAACUAAGCACGCAUGUUCGUCUGUCACUUUGAACUAAAGUUCGUCAUGGUGGAUAAUCUGUCUGUUUAGCCGCGCUUAUUCCCAGACGAAUGACGAGAUAUUGAUAAUAUCAGACAUUAGGGACUAUUAAAAAUUUGCGGUCGUUAGCUUUGAUCUGGUGCCCUAACUAGCGCUGGGCAAACAAUUCUAUUAGUAGCACUGCAAGCAAAGCUGACGAUUGGCCGUUGUUUUGAUAGUUUUGUAUUUGUUCUUCAUUUCUUAGAAACUUCAGACCAGAGUGACGUGGAAGAAAGAGUGCGAAAGUUAAACGAGGUGUUAGUACGAGAAAAGAAAAAAUUCGAGGCGUUAGAAAGAAAGAAACGAAAAAUCAAACGAAGUGUCAUGAAGAAAGAAGCCAUUAAACUUGAGAUCGAAAUAAAGGUUUGUUUUGAACUAUUUCUUCAAACAUUGUCUGCCUGCCAUGUUUCCUGAAGGUGGGCGAACCAGGAAACAUUGUUUCCUAGCCAUGUUCCCCGAAGGUGGGUGAACCAGGAAUUUUUCCUAACCAUGUUUCCUGAAGGUGGGUGAACCAAGAAUUUUUCCUAGCCAUGUUUCCUGAAGGUGGGAUUAUAUUUUUCUUAAUUAGUAAAUAUUCCGUGUACUUUCAGAAUACUAGAGAUGACAUCCAUCGAAAAAUGGUUGAGAUCAAGACGGCAUCCGCGGCUGCGCAGUCCCCAACACCAACUAAAAUCUCCCCGCAUCAAGAUGUGGUACUCUCUCCCCGGGAAAACAGAGGGAAAUCGUCAAGGAGAUCAAGUGAUCAUACCCCCCUCGUAUCUGACAAGCAGGAUGAAUCAGAGAGGGGAAUUGACAUGGACAGGGGGGUUGGGUCCUCGACCCAUGAAGUAGAGGAAUCUCUGAUCGAGGUGUUGGACGACAGCCCGAAGUCUACGGACGUUCUGUCUGGAACAAAAAGACCACGUUUGUCAGAAACCUCUCCAGUUCGGACAGGAAGUGAGACAUCGGACAUUCCAGAUGAAUUACACUCCAACGAGAAAGAGGAAUCGAUGGUGGAAAUCAUUGAUAAAGUUCACAUUCCUACUCCCCGUGGGAGGAAGGGUGUGUUCCCAGAUAUGGACAGGGGUGUACGCCCGGAAAAUGAAAGAAUUGACCACCAAUCAACUAAAUCAACAUCAGAACCUGCUUCCCCUCCAAUCCCUGCCAAAGAUGACUCCUCUGAUAUUCCGGAAGAAAUUUCCGAACACUCGCGGAGCACGGCGAGUAUUCCCGAACAAGUACCGAGCGUUGGCGAAGAUGAAACAAGCAAAAUUUCGGAAAUUCCUGAAGAACUUAGUGAAAAGUUAUAUACACCUAUUCCAAGCGAUGCGAGUGUUUCCGAAGAAGACUCGAGAAUUGUCGAAGGUACUCACUCGAAGGCGAUAAGCUCCCCCGAAGAAUCGCCGAGGAGCACAAAAUAUACCAUUUCAAAGACCCCUAGCUAUUCCUAUGGAGAUGAGACGUUUGAAAAUUCUUAUACUGAACCAAAAAGCAGUACGGGUGUUUCCGAAAAGUCACCGAGUAUACAGAAGAUAUCUGAAGAUCCACCAAAUCAAAAGUCCCGAAGUAUUUCCGAGCAUUUGACAGGGCCUGCUGAAGAAAUCCCGAGUAUUUCCGAGCAUUUAACGGGACCGGUUGGAAGAAGCGCGAGGGUUUCCGAUGAAGCGUCAUAUAAUGAACCCGAAAGUGACACUAGCGUUUCCAACCAUUCUUCGGUAAGUCGUCGUAGGCAAGAGCAGUCUAAAAGCGAGGCAAACAAGAGUCGGAAUCGACGAAAACGUAGCGAUGCUUCAGACAUUUCAAAGAGUUUGUUUUCUGAUGAUGAAAUUUCUCAGAAAAGUAUGACGUCAUCCAGAAGGUCAAGGGCGAGGACGGAAGAUGAAAAAUCCGAAAGCGAUCGACAAACGAAGCCAUCUCCGACAGUUCCAGCGACCAAAUCAGAUGAGGAAAAAUCUUCUGCAAGCGAGCAAAGAAAAUCCCCAGAGUCAGUUAAGACACCGUCCAAGGUUUCCCCAAGAUCUCCACAAGACUCAGUUCCGAAUGACAACGGAAGCCGCUCGGAGGCUUCGUCCAUUGCCGAAGAGAUUGCGAGUGGCUACGAAGAAGGGGAUAUUUCUGAAAGUGGGGGUGUUUUGAGAGAGCAACAGUCGGAAGAGUUAAUUUUUGGAGAUAAUGUGAAGCAUGAAAGAAUGAGAGCGAAUGAAAGUGGACUGGACAAAUUGAGUGGAACUGGAUUAGAUCAAAGUGGAUUAGAUAAAUCCGGAUUGAAGGAACUGGAUAGAACUGAACUUGAUGACAUUGGUGUGAGUAAACCCGGAUUAAGUGAACCGAAAAAGAGCGUAAGUGAAUUAGAUGAAUCUGGAUUAGAUAAACCUGGAUUGAAAGAACCUAAAAUGGACGAGAGUAGAAUAAAACAGAGUGGAGAUUAUACUGAAGUAUCACGAGAAACUGCAGCUGACAUUUCGCCACUCAAACAGAGCGACGAGAGUAGUAAGUCUUUGAGAUCACAGAGCUCACGGUCACGAGGAGUGGGCAGGAACGAGCAGCCGAAGGAAUCUGGGGAUGAACAACAAUAUUCUGACGAUUUCGACGAUGCGAGUAUUGCAGAGGAAAUCUCAGAAAUUGGAGAAUUCUCCGAAAUCGCAGAAGACAGUGACAAGGGAGAGAACUUUGCAAUAUUUUCAUCAAAUCAUAAAACGGUGGAAGGUGGCGCGGAGAGCACGCAGGGGACUGCGUACGAGUCACGUGAACACAAGAGUGAGUCACAUGGCAAACACGUGGGUGAUGACAUCACAAAUUAUAUAUAUACAAAAAUCAUUGCAGACUCUCUGACUUCUGUUAAAAACUUGAAUGCUAGCAAAUUACAGUCGGCUGAUCAAACAACUUCUGAUCAAAAUGACCUUACCAGGAAACGUGUGGAUAAUGAAGGACCCUUGGAUACAAACGAGGUUAUCAGUGAACAUGACAUUACACAAGGCAGUGAACACACGGGUAUACCAGGUGUUCCUACUGGACGUCUUGAUACUAAUAAUACAGCAAGUCUUGAUACCAGACGUGAGACAGCUCAAUCUGAUACAAGAGAUAGGGUAACAAGUGGUCAAACAGCAACAGAAAGGAGCGAAGAGGGACAUUUAGCUACAAAUAGUAUUACCAAAGACCUACUAGCGGAUGCAAUUAUGCAAAUGAUUGAGAUCCAGCAACGUAAAAAGAAAAAUAUCAAAUUACCGGCAGCCGUCGAAACUAAACCUUCAGAAACUGAAAGCUCACGAACUGCACCUGUACUGUCUCCUCCUGCCGAGGAAACAGUACCGGAGAAAAUUCCCGAUACCACUAUUCCCACCGGAACAACGUCCCCUGUGAGUAUUCCCGAGAUUGAAAGCCCGGCCGAUGAUGAAACGACGAUAGACAAUGCAUUAAUGAUAGCGAAAACCAAUCAAAUUUUAGACGACGAUGCUUUGAGAAGCAUAGAUGACGACAUUGCGGGACUUCUAGGCACUGUUGACGAUGAGGAUGAAUUUCCUGUGAAUAUAACAAACUUUAGCUCAGAUAUUCCUUCUGAUAAUGAAGUGUCAUUCCCGGAGUAUUCGCCCAUGUUUGCCGUCCCUCAUUCAACACAAGAACUAACGCCCAUGGUCAACUCGACCAUUGAUGUUUUACUUGAACAAAGACGGUUGGGAAGACCGCUGGAAGACUGCCUACCGCGGGCGCAGUUUCUGGCCGGGGAGGCUGAGAACGAGUUAGAAUGCGCCAGUACGCAGUCCUAUAGACACCUUGCGUUUGAUCUAACAAAAGAAGUUUUUAUAGAUACAUUAUCUCAAAAUGAACCGGCAGCUCGACCGCCUUGGGCAAAGGCGAAAUGGAAAGGUGGACAAAAAUUAUCGCGACAUUUUAAACGCUGGAAAAGCGACGAGGAAAUACGCGCGGCUGUCAUGGAACGAGUUACGAACGUCAUCGGGCUGGGUGCGCCGCGGGCGACAAUGGCGACCAUACCACGCAAGACGCCUGUUCGCGGGAACAAGAAAGACAACGUGGACGCCAUCUUGAUCGAGGAACUACGACAGGAAGAACCUUUGUGGACGGACUAUGAAGAGGACGAGACGAAUGUAAAGUUUCAAGUUGCGGACGCCAUUUUGAAUAUGAUGUUAGAGGACACUGCGCGCGUGUUUAACGCUAUUCAAGCUAAGAAACAUGUUCCUGAUAAUGUACUGGUAGUUUAGGACGGCCUAUCAUUAUAGCAUUGAUAUAUUAUUUAGUUUAUUUAUAUUAUAGUGCACAUUUAGUUCUGUUGUAUUAUAGGUGGCUUUCACUGAGCACUAUCGUGCAGCAGAUGGUGGUCAACCUGCAGUUAUCAGAGUGAGAAAAUAAAGUUAAUUAUUUUCGUUUAAAGCUACGUUUACACACGAUUAAUCGGGCCGAUUUCAGGUUUUGCUACCCUGGGUACCAGAGCCUCUUAUCCUCACUUCAUAAGAGGCUCUGGUACCCAGGGUAAGGUUUUGCCGAAUGUUAAUGAGGAAUGUUGUCAGUUGAUGAUGUCGACGUUGACAGCGUAUUUUUCAAAUAUCGUUUACUUGAAGCUGAAUCGGCCCGACUAAUCAUUGUGUGUAAACGUACCUUAAGCUAACAGUACUUUGGGGGGCAAUAGAUAGAAUUUAUGUCAGGCUGCAAUAAUUCACCUAGAUAACCCUGGGAACUAGGUUGCGUGGAGUACUUACUUGGCUGAAGUACCGGACUGUAAUAAUAGAGAGAUUCAGAUUCCACUACCAUUAAGGGACUAUCAACCAAUCAGAUGCGUUUCAUAUAAUCCGAUUAACCAAUCAGAUGCGGACUAACGCCUGUAUUCUAAAAGGUGGAGGUUCGAUCUGAGCCUCCUUUGAGUGUCAAUGUUGUUUUUAAAUAGCUAGUGUUAGUGUCGUACCUUACCAGGUGACUACUCACCAUCCAGCUAUUUGAAAACAGCUCUGACACUCAUGAAAAGGUUCACCACUCUGAGUGUGAGCUUUUAGAAUACAGGCGUAAGCCAGCUAGAGGUAGUCAAAUCUGACCUCUCUAUUGGCGAACCUCUGGUACGUAAGUGCGUACUUAUCACAUCCUGGACUGUUUCUGAUGUUGACCACUAUUUGUUGUACUGUAACGAUUACUAAAUCUAAUCAGAGGAAGAUACAAUGCCAGGUGUUAUUGCCUUUCCUCACGACACGUUGUUUGCGUUGUUGUGUUUGACUUGAAAGUAUCGGUAUUAGAAAGACAAAAAGUUCUAGAACGAGGACUUUUAUUUUUCAUGUUUUGUGUUCAAAAUGAAAUUGUAAAUCGUCAAUAAUCUGUGUAAAAUAAAUUCAGAUUUUCAUGUUAUUCAAACA